UCAGUGGCUCUCACACAACCACCUCAGGUUCUCACAAAGUCACAAUUCCUCCUCCAUGCCGGUCGCCGCCACCCACCGCCGAUACGCCGGCGUACGCCAUCCCUUCAGUCGAAAUCUUCAAAAUCCCCAUAAACCUUAUUCCCCUCUUCCGCCACCCUCUCCCUUCACGCGCGAAACCAUCCACAAGAUCUCCACCAUCCUCCGCUCCCUCCCCUGGCACUCCGCUCAGAACCAACUCCACCUACUGCCCAUCAAGUGGGACUCCUUCACUGUUAACCGCGUUCUUAAAACCCACCCUCCAAUGGAAAAAGCCUGGCUCUUCUUCAACUGGGCCGCUCUCCUCCCGGGCUUCAAGCACGACCAUUUCACCUACACGACCAUGCUCGAUAUCUUUGGCGAAGCCGGCCGCAUUGCCUCGAUGAGGCAAGUUCUUAGGGAGAUGGAAGAGAAGGGGCUUAGGAUUGAUGCUGCAACUUAUACCUCGGUCAUGCAUUGGCUUGCUAAGGACGGGGAUUUUGAGGGUGCGGUAGAGGUUUGGGAGGAGAUGAGGAGAAAGCGAGGGUGCAGGCCAACGGCGGUUUCCUACACGGCGUUUAUGAAGGUGUUGUUUGAUCAUGGGCGGCCACGGGAGGCCGUUGGGGUUUAUAAGGAGAUGCUGGAAUUGGGGAUGAGGCCGAAUUGCUUUACUUAUACGGUGAUAAUGGAGUACCUUGCGGGUGCAGGUUUAUUUAAAGACGCUUUUGAAAUAAUGAACGAAAUGCAAGAUGCUGGAAUUCAACCUGACAAAGCUACAUGCAACAUUCUUGUCCAGAAGUGUUCUAUUGCUGGAGAGACAACAAUGAUUACUCAGAUUCUCAGCUACAUGAAAGAGAACUCUAUUGUUCUCCGCCGUCCUGUUUUUCUAGAAGCAAUGGCAGCUUUUAGGAAUUCUGGUGAGAGUGAUCAUCUUCUUAGAGAAGUAAACCCUCAUCUUGCUUUUGAAGGUAUUGAAGAGGAAAUUUUAGAGUCUGAAUUACCUUCUGAUGAUCCUACUUUUCUUGUGGAUAGGAGCAUUAUCAUUAAUCUUCUGGCUACAAGGAACUUAGUCGCCAUAGAACAUUUAUUGCGUGAAAUGAUUAAUAAAGAAAUACAAAUGGAAUCUGAAGUUUUAUCUGCUAUUGUCCUAGCCAGCUGCAAGAAUACAAGGCCCUCUGGUGCAUUGCUUGCAUUUCAUUGUGCUUUAAAAUCUGGCCGCAAACUGGAGAGAUCUGCAUAUAUCUCUUUGAUUGGUCUUCUAAUUAGAACAAAGUCACAUCACAUGAUUUUGGAAAUUGUUGAAGAAAUGCUUCAAAUUGGCAUUAGCUUUGGAACAUAUCUCCUUUGUCUCUUGAUAUACCAGCUUGGAUGUGCUGGGUUUUCUGAUUCUGCUGCAAAGAUUUUUACUGCUUUACCUGCAGAUCACAACUGUUCAACUUACACUGCUUUGAUGAACGCUUUUUUUCAGGCUGGUGACGUUGAGAACAGUCUUCAGCUUUAUUCAAGAAUGAAAAAAGAAGGCAUUCCUGCUUCAUGUGGUACCUAUGAAGUUCUAAUAGCUGGGCUAGAAAGAGCUGGUAGGAUUCAUGAUGUCAGCAUUUAUCAAAAGGAGAAAAGGAAUUUGCAAUGGCAUGGCUUUCCCCCACCUAUAAUUUCGACAGAUGAGAUUUUCUGUAAUCGUUUCUUUGGCUCAUCCAUAUUUUAGAUCUCAUGCUCAACCCAGUAUUGUGAGAGGUGAAUUAUCGUGCCCGAUGGGCAUUUCAGCAGCAGGUUGCGCUGUUUUUGCAUUGAUUUAAGUUUCGUUUGGGACGGCUUUUUUACUGCUUCUUAAAGCAGCUUUCUAAUAUAAAAAUUUUAAUUUUUAAGCUAGAAAGCUGUUUUAAGAAGCACUAAAAAAAUCAGUCCCAAACGAAGCCUUAAAUAUGAUGGAAUCUUGAUUUUUUGGGAGUUAAAAAAUUCUAAGAGUGGCUUCUUGCUGAGGAUAAUAAGGAAUUCUUACUCAUUUCAUACAUGAAUCAAUCAUUUUAUCGUCUCAUAGGAUUAUGCUGGAGUCAUAUCCACAACUUACAAGAAAAGAGAAAGAUCAAUGAACAUACGAGUUUCUGCUGCAGCUUAGUGGAUAUUGUUCAAAUUCUAGAACAGCUUGUAUUGUUUCCUUUGCCGAUUCAGCACACCAGCUUUUGAGAGACCGCUAUACUUCUAAGAGGUGAAUUGAAGGUUUGGAAGCUUGAUAUAAUUCUAAACUAAGUUGAUGUGAUGCAUCCUUUUCAUUUGCUGGAAGCACUCAAACAGAUUCUUUUGGUUGGCUAACUUUUAUAAAGCAUAAACAAACAGAAGGUUGUUUUACAAUUAGCUGCUUCUAUUUGGGUUAAAAUGGCUCAGGUCAUGCUCCAGCUCUUUUUUUGCACAGUAUACAUUUUCCACUGGACCGAUGCAUUGAAGAUAGUUUUUUCGUUGAGACCACAUUUUUGUGAGAAUGUUUAUGAGAAGGAUGCAAGCAUGACAUUUCCAUUUGAGGUUCCUAUCUUCGUUAAGCAAAAGGUACAUGUUUCUAAGUUCAAUUUGAAGCUGCCUCAAGCUGUAACUCUUGAAUUUUAAAAAUAAAUUUGAAAAAUUUUCUUGUUGAAA